AUGUCUGCUGCCAUCUUUGGCGCCCUGGGAUCGUCUUUUCUGUAUGGAUAUAAUCUGUCAGUUGUCAAUGCUCCUGCUGAGUUCAUAGCGAACUUCACAAACAAGACGUGGCUCGAGAGGUACGGGAUGCCCAUUGGAGAUGAGACGGCCGAUUUACUGUGGUCAGUAACCGUCUCCAUAUUGGCUAUUGGGGGACUGCUUGGAGCAGUUGUGGUCAAAUUCCUUGUCCAAAUCCUCGGCAGGCGGGGCAGCUUGGUCGUGAAUAGCAGCUUUGCGCUGAUGGCUGCUCUGCUGCUGGCCUUGGGGGAGAGGGCACGCUCUUUUGAGAUGCUCAUCAUCGGCCGUCUUAUCAUGGGGGUUCACAGCGGUAUUGCACUCAGCGCUCUUCCAAUGUACUUGGGGGAGAUUUCUCCAAAAAGCAGCAGAGGCUUCAUUGGUCAGUUCCAUGGAAUCAUGAUAAAUGUGGGCGUGUUCACUGGCCAGGUGCUGGGACUGCCUGACCUACUUGGCCAGGAGUCCAGGUGGAACUUCCUGUUUGCCUUCAUAGCACUUCCUGCGCUGCUGCAGCUGAGCGUGCUGCCCUUCCUCCCCGAGUCGCCCCGCUACCUGCUGAUGGAGAGGAGGGAUGAGGCUGCAGCUGAAAAAGCCCUCAGGAGGUUCCUGGGGAGAGAGGAUGUCUCGCGGGAGCUUGAGGAGGUGCGGGCUGAGAGCCAGAACAACCUGCAGGUCGUCUCCGUCCUGGAGCUGCUGAGGAGCCCGGCCGUCCGCUGGCAGGUCACCACCGUCAUCGUCACCAUGACCUGCUACCAGCUCUGUGGCCUCAACGCUCUGUUUUUCUACACCAAUGAGAUCCUAUUUGAUGCUGGCAUUGAAGCAAGUGUGGUCCCCUACAUCGCUCUGUGCACAGGCGGCAUUGAAAUCAUUUCUUCUGUCGUCUCGGGUCUUCUUAUUGAGCGUGUGGGACGCAGACCCCUGCUCAUACUUGGUUUCUCUGGAAUGGCGGUGGGCUUUAGUGCUCUCACUGCAUUUCUCAAUUUGCAGGUUUUCCAGCACUGUGUAUUCACACACGUGAUGCUUUCCUCUCUUCCAGCCGGGGGUGUUUUCAUUCUCACCAGUGAACUGUUUGAUCAGUCCUACCGACCUGCUGCCUUCAUGAUAGGGGGUACCGUCUUAUGGCUGUCCAACUUCACAGUGGGCCUCGUGUUCCCUUUCCUGCAGGAGGCUCUAAGCACCUAUGUCUUCCUGGUGUUUGCGGCGGUGUGCACGCUUGCAGCUGUGUAUCUCUGUUUAUUCCUCCCCGAAACCAAAAAUAAAACCUUUGCGGACAUCAGUCAAAGCUUUGCAAAGAAAAAGAUUCCUCUGACGACAGCAAGACUGGACGGCACAAUUGGAAGUGAAACUCUGUUGACUGUUAGCUUUACUCUCCGUGGCCUGAACACCGUGGAGCGCAGCAGGUUGUUGACCCAGCAUUGCCACACGUAA